AUGUCGAUAAGUGGGGAGUUGCUGUAUCCUCCCCCGAAUGUAGCGAAACCUCCCACCCUGCAGCCCACAGCUAGUGGGGGGGUGGAGCUCAAUGAGACCAAGAGCUGCAAGAUCGUGUUUGAAAUCGCCACGGUGACCUUUGAGGAAGCUGACAGGACCUACAAGGCUGGAAUCCCCUACACUGGCAAGAUGCUCCUGAAGGCGGCGGAUGGCUCGGCGCUGAGAAAUGAGCCGCUGCAGCUGUUUGUUGCCUAUGGAGGUGUGAGGCAGAACCAGACCUUCCUGACGGACGAGGCUGGCAGAGCCUCCUUCGCGCUGGACACCUCCGGCUGGACCGGGUCGGUCACUCUGCGGGGCCACUUCAAGCAUGUGGAUCAGACCAUUGAGUAUGGGAGAAUCGGUCCCAGUUACCCAGAUGCCCAUCACCAUGUGGAGCCCUUCUACUCCAAGAGCCAGAGUUUCCUGCAGAUCCGCAGGCUGGGCGGGGAGCUGCCCUGCGACCAGGCCCAGCGGCUCCACGUGGACUAUGUCCUGGCCAGGGAGGCCCUGGGGAACGGGUCCAAGAGCCUGGAUUUCAUCUUCCUGGUCGUGGCCAAGGGAGCCAUCGCCAGGAUCCUCCACAAGGGGCUGGAGCUCGGCGAGGAGGUGAAGCUGGCCUUCUCGCAGGACCGGGCCCUGCCAGGCUCGGAGCUCCAGCUGCAGGUGCAGGCUGCCCCCGGGUCCCUGUGCGCCGUCCGCGCCGUGGAUCGCAGCGUGCUGCUCGUGAAGCCUGAGGCCGAGCUCAGCGUCGACACGGAUGCGGCUUUGAAAGUUUUCACCAAUGCCAACACCAAGAAACCUUUCAUCUGCCCUGAAAUUCCAUG